UGCACGGAUCAAGGGGGCAAGGCGCCGCAAAGUAUAAAUACUGUGACUUCAAUAGAGGAUCACCAGCAGGUUCCCAACUCCGCUACCAAAGGAGGAGGAAUUGGCUGAGAAGAUAUAUUCUUUCUAUAUUUUUUACCUUCUUCCAGAGUUGGCAGCAUCAUCUCGUCUCAUUUUCAAGGGGUCGACUUUAAAACGAGCCACACCAUUGAUGUCUUAAGCUGUCGUGGAGCAAAAGGGGAGAGAGAGAGUGUGUGUGUGUGUGUGUGUGUGAGUGAGUGAGUGCGUGGUGGUGGUGGUGGUGGUGUGUGAUUUUUUUUAAAGAGGAGAGAAGGCAGGGAUGGAAGAGCUCACCGCUUUCGUGUCUAAGUCUUUCGAUCAGAAAGUGAAGGAGAAGAAGGAAGUGAUAACCUACAGGGAGGUGUUGGAGACCGGGUCGACGCGAGCAGGGAGCAGGGAGUCUUUAUCCGCGGAGCCGGGGAGCCGAGAGGAGGCGGCAGCCGUCACCCGGAACGUUGCGCUCUCGCCGGGCAGGGAAACGGACAUGCUCGGCCCGGAGAGAAUCAGGGACGCCGGGAGCCCCAAACUCAUUGACGGCAACACGGACGUCAAAGAAAGGAAAGAGGACUCGAAGCCUAUAGAGGACGAGGCACAGACUAAAAUCAAACAGAGGAGAAGUCGGACUAACUUCACAUUAGAGCAGCUAAACGAGCUGGAGCGGCUCUUCGAUGAGACCCACUACCCGGACGCCUUCAUGCGGGAGGAACUCAGCCAGCGACUGGGACUGUCGGAGGCCCGAGUGCAGGUUUGGUUCCAGAAUAGAAGAGCCAAAUGCAGAAAGCAGGAGAACCAGUUACAUAAAGGAGUCCUGAUUGGAGCAGCGAAUCAGUUUGAAGCUUGUCGUGUAGCGCCAUAUGUCAACGUGGGGGCUUUGCGGAUGCCAUUCCAACAGGAUAGUCAUUGCAACGUACCGCCCUUCUCCUUUCAGGUGCAGGCGCAACUGCAGCUUGACAGCGCCGUGGCCCACGCGCAGCACCACCUGCACUCUCACCUGGCAGCGCACGCGCCCUACAUGAUGUUCCCCGCGCCGCCGUUCGGGCUGCCGCUGGCGACGCUCGCGGCCGAGUCUGCCUCCGCCGCCUCGGUGGUCGCCGCCGCCGCCGCCGCCAAGAACACCAGCAAGAACUCCAGCAUCGCCGACCUGAGACUGAAGGCCAAAAAGCACGCGGCCGCGCUGGGACUGUGACGCCAGGUAGACGAGAGGGCACGAGGCGUGCACGCUCUAUCUGCCGCGCUCUCGCGACUGAGAGACGCUGAACACAAACGCUUACAAAGUGAAAAAACCCAAGGACUAAAGUGAGAAAAAAUUAUCCACGGACGAUAUUUAUGUUUUUUUCAAAUGAAGGACGACGAGUAUAACUAUAAAAAUAUAGGCUAUUUAUGAGAUAAAGAAAAGACAAUGAAAAAAAGAGACUGUGACGUGAUAGCCUACACAGAUGUGAUUUUUUGGACGCCAAAAAAAAAAAAAAAAAAAACACAGAGAGGCGGAUGGGAUGGGUCCUUCUCUGUAGCCACAUGGCCGAGGAGGGCGACUGGACGCCCCGAGGAGGAGCAGGAGGAUGCAGCUGGGACGGUCGAUACUUUGUCAAACAAGGCGAACCAUUCUGCAGUUGUUUUAUUCUGUUUUAAUAUUAUAUUAUUAUUGUUAUGAUUUCAUUUUGAACCUAUAUAGAGGCUGGCCUCGUUAUAAAAACACGUUCUCUGUUUAAAAAAAGACAGAGCGGGAAUUCUUUGACAAAACGGAGAAGAAAAAAAAAAGGACAAUAUUCGAAGUGUUUCUCCUUCUUCUGUUUCUUGUCCAAAAUUCAAAAUGCCCAAGCAGUGUUUGCAUGAGUUUGUCUUCACGGAUGACGUGAUGUGAGCCAUCUCACCCCCCCCCUCUCUCUCUCUCUUCUGCCCCCCCUGUCUUCCUCUUUGCCCGCCUUCCUCUGAGGAAGGGCAACUCUCACUUGAUUGUUUGGCCUAUUUGACCUUGUUUGGACCUCCUCUUGGUAAAGGUGAAACUAGGCGACACACCAGAAAUGUGAGAUUAUAAUAUAUGUGUAGGCUAUGCUGAGGAUAACCCGAUCUAGUGUCCAUGUAAGGUGGUGAUUUGUCCCCUUUUAAAGGAGAGCAUUAUGUCAUAAAUGCCAUCUUCAACACAGAGAACAAACGAGCAAAUGACAGUAACACGAGGACUGUAUGCGAACCGGUACGGGCACGUGUAAAAUAUGUUUAUACACAAGAAACAUGCAUUAUUUUUAUUAUUUAGUGGCUUUAUGAAUGCCUUGUGGGGAAUUUGUUCAUUUUGUAUUUUACUUUAUUUCCGUGUAUUAAAAAAUCAUGUGCUUUCUGUAUGUAAUUUUGAUGUUUUUAUAACAGUGAAAGUGAACUUACUUGAGGCACGGAUUUCUAAAAAAAAAAAAAAAAAAAAAAGUCAUCAUGAAAUUGUUUUACUUUUUCCAUCACAUGUGAAACGUGAAUCCACCUAAACAAAAUGUUUUUCGUUCCUACAAUAAAUUAACUAAAGUUUC